AUGGUAGGCGAUUUUAACGAAUCUCUCCUAAGUUCAUAUCAGCGUGGAGGUACUUUCGUGCAAUCCAGGGCUGAUCGUUUUCAUGAAUUCCUUCAGCAGUGUGCCAUGAUUCCCAUGCAUACAGUUGGUUUGAAGUAUUCUUGGGUUCGACGAGUAGGAGGGAGAGUGGUUAUGAGCAAGAAGCUAGAUUGGUGCUUGGGGGAUCACUUUUUGAAUGUCAGUUUCAGUAACGCAGUUGCAGAGAAUUUAACCAGGAUACAUUCAGAUCACUCCCCGCUCUUGGUACGGUGUGGCGGGUUUCCGUCAAGACAAGGGGAUCGACCUUUCCGUUUUGAAGCAGCUUGGAUUACCCACCCAGAAUAUGCGAGUGUCGUGGAAGGGGCGUGGUGCAUGGGUUCUCUGAAUUCCAAGCUUUUGCAGGUACAGCAACAAUCUACUGUCUUCAACCGGGAUGUGUUUGGCCACAUUACUAAGCGAAAAAAGACUUUGGAGGCCAGAAUAAGUGGUAUUCAGCGACGCUCGGAGAGAGUUGACUCAGCUUCUCUGUCCAUUCUCCAUAAUCACCUUCAUUGUGAGUUGGAUGCAGUGUUAGCUCAAGAAGAAUUACUAUGGUUCCAAAAAUCAAGAGAGCAACAAACUCUUUAUGGAGGGAGGAACACGAAGUAUUUCCAUACACAAGCUCUGAUCAAAUGGCGGAGAAAUAAAAUCCAUAGUUUGAUAUUACCGACUGGGGAGGUGUGCUCGGAGGACCAGACUUUACAGCGGGAAGCCACUCGGUUUUUUAAGGAACUGUUUUGUGCUUCUACCAAUGUAACCCCUCUUGACACCUCUUCUGUGUUGUGCCCUCUUUUGGGACAGAUCCAUGUCUCUCGUCUUAUGGCGGAAGUAACAAAAGAGGAGGUGUGGGAGGCCGUUUCAACCAUGGGCCCGUACAAAUCCCCGGGACCAGAUGGCUUCCAAGCGGUACUUUUCAAAACCUACUGGCAUAUCUUGGGGGAUGAUGUUUGGAAGUUGGUGCGUGAUGCAUUUGUUUCAGGCUCCUUUGAUCCAUUGGUGUCAGAGACUCUUAUAGCUCUAAUCCCUAAGGUGGAUGUGCCUAAGACCUUUAAGGAAUUACGCCCUAUCAGCUUGUGCAACGUGCUGUAUAAAAUUAUCACAAAGGUGCUUGUCCUUCGUUUACGGCCAUGCCUUCAGGAGAUUGUGGGACCUCUACAGAGUAGCUUUAUUCUGGGACGAGGAACAACAGAUAAUGCUAUUAUUUUGCAAGAGGUAGUGCACUUCAUGCGGACCAAAACGAAGCGUAGUAAGAAUGUUAUUUUUAAGCUUGACCUAGAGAAGGCCUAUGAUAGAGUGGACUGGGGCUUCUUAGAGGAGACUUUGAAGGAAUUUGGAUUCCCUCCCAUGACCGUUGCUCUUAUUAUGUUCUGCGUCUCUUCCACUUCUUUGUCUCUCAUUUGGAAUGGGACGCGCCUACCCCCCUUCCGUGCGACAAGAGGACUUCGACAAGGUGACCCACUUUCUCCUUACCUUUUUGUGCUUUGCAUGGAGCGGUUGGCUCACAUGAUUCAUCAUGAGGUGGAGGAAAACAAUUGGAAACCCGUUACAAUAUCUAGGGGAGGCCCGGGGAUCUCUCAUUUAUUCUUUGCGGAUGAUGUCCUUCUAUUUGCCAAAGCUGAGAUUGAUCAAAUUAGGGUGGUUCACCAGGUGCUGGAACGGUUUUGUGGUGCUUCAGGAUUAAAAAUUAACCUUGCAAAAUCCAAAGCCAUGGCCUCUUGGUGUGUAGAUAUGUCUUUAAGAAAUAGAAUUGUAGCUCUCACCUCUAUCCCCUUUACAGAAAAUUUCGAUAAAUAUUUGGGGUUUCCUAUUUACAAAGGUAGGGCUCGCAGGGAGGAUUUUCAAUUUGUGGUGGACCGGGUCACUUCAAGGCUAGCAACGUGGAAAGUGAACCUUCUGAACAAACCUGCUAGAGUAACGCUGGCAAAAUCUGUGCUUACGGCAAUACCGGUCUAUGUGAUGCAAUUAAAUUGGCUUCCCCAAGCGGUGUGCGACAAUCUAGAUGCUGUGGUUCGCCGGUUUGUUUGGGGCACGGCUACAGGGAAUGGUGUGAGCAUGUUGGCGUGGAAGAAGGUGCUUCAACCUCGUCGGAAUGGAGGGCUAGGUAUCAGAUCAGCUCGCAUGAGUAAUGUGGCGCUCCUUGGUAAACAAUUAUGGAACCUGGUUCAGCGUGCAGAUAAAUUCUGGGUCAAAACCAUUGAGGCUAGGUAUGCUGUUGGCCCUAAAGUUUUGACAACUGGGGUGAGAGAUGGCUCAGUGUUUUGGAAAGCCAUGGUGAGAACUGGACACUUGCUGAGGGAUGGCUUCUCUCUUCGAAUUGGCAAUGGUCGCUUUUCCUUUUGGUUCGAAGAUUGGUCACCGUUUGGGCGUUUGUGUGACCGUGUCCCUUUUGUUGAUGUGCACGAUUUACAGCUAACCUUGCGUUAUGUGUUUGCCUCGGGCUCCUUCGACGCUGGACUCUUGUACACUGCUAUCCAUACUGAGCUUGCGGAUUUCUUGGGCCAAUUUCAGAACGUGGUGUGUGUUGAGGUGGAACGAGAUUGCUUGAUUUGGACCGAGAAUGUGGAUGGUGAGUACUCAGUGAAAGCGGGGUAUCACUGGUUGCUGAACCGCGAGGUGAACCCGAUUCAGGUUGUGCAUCCGUGGCGUCAGGUUUGGCAACUUCAAGUUCCAGAAAAUAUUCGUUUUUUCAUGUGGCAAGCCCUGCACAAUAUUGUGCCUACCGUGGAACAGCUUGUGCGUAGACGUCUGGCUGUGUCGGAUUUAUGCAAGCGUUGUAAGUCUGAGCCAGAAACCUUGAUGCAUUGUGUCCGUGAUUGUCCGUUGGCGAGGAAAGUUUGGCAUGCGAUUGGGUUUGUGCUCCCUGUCAGUUUCUUCUCUCAUAUGUCCUUUGCAGAUUGGGUUCAAGGCUUCCAUGGGUUUGGUCUCACGGUGUUGAUGGCUACUAUCUGGGUUAUUUGGAAGCAAAGAUGUCGUUUUAUUUUUGCUGGAGAUUUACAGGUUGUUCAUCAGACGGUGAGGGAGGUACAUGUGUUGUGGGAAGUCCUGGCUCGCGUCUAUCCGCAUACUGCUCCUUCCAAACAGAUUUGUUUCGUGCGGUGGCAGCCUCCAAUAGAUGAUUUUGUGGCGUUGAACACAGACGAGAGCUCUUUUGGUAACCCAGGUGAGUCGGGGUUUGGAGGGGUAGUGCGUAGCAGUGAUGGUGUGUGGAGGGUGGGCUUUGCAGGGCAUAUUGGAGUUUCCGAUUGUCUGCAUGCUGAGCUUCUGGCUCUUUUACAUGGGUUGGACGUGUGCUGGAUUCGGAGAUGCCGGAAGGUUGAGGUGUUUACACAUUCCAGAAUGGCCUUGGGUUUAAUCACGGGAUAUCACUCAGCAUUCCACAAGUAUGAAGCUGUUAUAAGCCGGGUCAAGCUCCUGUUGAAGAGGGAUUGGGAUGUGCGUUGUAGACAUUUGCUUCGUGAGGGUAAUGCUGCUGCAGACUUCAUGGCGAAGUUGGGGGUCUCUCUGUCGUCAUCCUUGGUGGUGUUUGAUGUGCAGCCACCAGGAAUUGUCCCUAUUUUGCGUACAGAUUGCAUGGGCACAUGGCACUGUAGGCAGUAG